GAAAAUAGUUUCCCAAAAGAAAAUAUGAGAAAAAUUAUUUUCCCAAGAUAGAGAGUGCAUGUUGACUAACUCCCAACUAACACAAUUUCAUUUUAUUUUAUUUUAAUUUUUAUGGACAGAAGGAACAGAGGUAACCUUUGGGUGUUGUUGUACUCAGUAUCUAUAUAGAGAGAGUGGAAGUGAGAGAAGCAUUAAUUGAGAGAUUGAAAAAUGAACGGAUUAAGAAGUGAACGAGCCCCUCUCUUGGAAUCCGAGCGUGGCGGACGAGGAAAGACGGAUGGUGGCUCGGAAGGUCAAGUAACAGACCUUGAACACGGUGACGCAGUGCCGGCGGCAAAUGUGGGAUUCUGUCGGGUGUUUUCACUCGCAAAACCUGAGGCUGGAAAGCUGGUGAUCGGUACUGUGGCUCUUCUGAUUGCAGCCACAUCAAGUAUCUUAGUUCAAAAAUUUGGUGGGAAAAUAAUUGACAUUGUCUCUAGGGACCUCCGGACUCCAGAGGAGAAAGAUGAAGCUUUGGAUGCUGUUAAGAACACCAUACUAGAAAUCUUUCUGAUCGUUGUCUUUGGAUCAAUUUGCACUGCACUUCGAGCUUGGCUUUUUUAUACUGCCAGUGAAAGGGUUGUUGCACGGCUGAGAAAGAAUUUGUUCAGUCACCUUGUAAACCAGGAGAUAGCUUUCUUUGAUGUUACUCGAACCGGGGAACUUUUAAGUAGGCUAUCUGAAGAUACACAGAUCAUAAAGAAUGCUGCGACUACCAAUCUUUCUGAGGCCCUGAGAAACUUUUCAACUGCAUUUAUUGGUCUGAGUUUCAUGUUUGCAACGUCAUGGAAGUUAACGUUGUUAGCUUUGGCUGUUGUACCUGUUCUUUCCGUUGCUGUUCGCAAGUUUGGCCGUUACCUGCGUGAACUUUCUCAUAAAACUCAAGCUGCUGCUGCACUAGCUUCAUCAAUUGCGGAGGAAUCCUUUGGUGCAAUAAGAACAGUAAGAUCAUUUGCCCAAGAAGAUUUUGAAAUAACGCGCUACUCAGAGAAAGUUGAUGAAACACUUAAUCUUGGACUUAAACAAGCUAAAGUUGUUGGACUCUUUUCUGGAGGCCUUAAUGCUGCAUCUACACUUUCAGUUAUUGUAGUUGUUAUAUAUGGAGCUAAUUUGACAAUCAGGGGUUACAUGUCCUCUGGUGAUCUUACAUCUUUCAUUCUUUAUAGUCUCUCAGUGGGUUCUUCUAUAUCUGGUCUGUCAGGAUUGUAUACAGUAGUUAUGAAAGCUGCAGGUGCUAGCAGAAGGGUAUUUCAACUUUUGGAUCGUACCUCAUCGAUGCCCAAGGCAGGAAGUAAAUGUCCACUGGGUGAUCAAGAUGGGGAAGUAGAACUAGAUGAUGUGUGGUUUGCCUAUCCAUCACGCCCUAGUCAUCCAGUGCUCAAGGGCAUUACAUUGAAACUGCAUCCAGGAUCAAAGGUUGCUCUUGUUGGUCCAAGUGGUGGUGGAAAGAGUACAAUUGCGAACUUAAUUGAAAGAUUUUACGACCCAACCAAGGGAAAGAUUCUACUGAAUGGGGUUCCUUUGGUAGAAAUAUCACACCAGCAUUUACACAGAAAGAUCAGUAUAGUGAGUCAGGAGCCUACACUCUUCAACUGUUCCAUAGAGGAGAACAUAGCUUAUGGAUUUGAUGGCAAAGUGGACCCAGUUGAUUUAGAGAAUGCUUCUAAAAUGGCCAAUGCACAUGAAUUUAUAUCAAAAUUCCCAGAGAAAUACCAGACCUUUGUUGGAGAGCGUGGGGUAAGGCUUUCAGGUGGGCAGAAACAGAGAAUAGCAAUUGCUAGAGCCCUUCUUAUGAACCCAAAAAUUCUCCUCUUGGAUGAAGCUACCAGUGCCCUAGAUGCUGAAAGUGAAUACCUUGUGCAGGAUGCCAUGGAGUCUCUCAUGAAAGGAAGAACAGUUCUAGUCAUUGCUCAUAGGUUAUCAACCGUUAAAACUGCUAACACCGUUGCAGUUAUAUCUGAUGGCCAAAUAGUUGAGAGUGGCACCCAUGAUGAGCUUCUUAGCAAGGAUGGUGUCUAUACUGCAUUAGUGAAGAGACAACUACAAACAACAACAAAAGUCGAAAUCUAGUCUCGCCCCACCAAAUUAUGAAUAACCAAACCAACCACCUCGCAAGAGCAGUGGCAUAUGAUGUUCAGACUCGAGUUCCUAGGAAUACCUUCACUUCCACGGAUGCAAGUUACGGCAUUACCUUCUGUUUGAUUCAGAGAAAAGAUGAGGGAAGCAAGAAAGAAAUUGCAAAUUAAAUCGAAGAGGAAAGAGGAUGAAAGAAAAUUUUGAGUUUCUCUCCCCAAAGGUCAAAUUUUCUUUUUCCCUUAAAUUUUACUCGACCAACUAAAAGAUGUGUCAUAUCAGAAUUUCUUUCUUCUACUGCACGUUGAAAUUUGUAAUAGAAGAUAAUAUUGUAGAAAUGGUUAUGCUUACAUUGCUUUAAAAAACAUCCUUUA